CUGGCUAUCGGCAAUUUAAUUAAAUGCCAUUAAACAUGCACGUCUCUCUCGGUGAACUGUAACUAGAUUAACUUUCCGUGUGGGAGAGGAAGAGAACAGCGGCGUGAAAUGAAGCAUGUAAAUUCAUACGCUGCCCUCUCACACAGCUGUGUCUCUAGCAAUUAUCAAGAACUGACAAUAUAUAACCCCUGUCAGUGCGCACUUUCCCGUGUGUGAAAUACUGAAUGACGUUUUAUAAAUAUCCCCGAUAGAGAGGCAGGGGCUCGUAGUAUGUGGGGGCACAGCGCGACCUACCGGGGAGCGCCUUCGAUCUGCUGUGAGCCAGUUGUGGGAGACGCACUGGAUGCGAGUGUCCAGUCAGUUUAGCGUCAAGCUGAGUGGCAUUCAGUCGAAGGCUGUCGCCAGACGUGCAGCUCUGCCGACUGCUGCGUUUGAAAUUUGGCAUUGCCUAAGAAACUCUAAGCAUUGCGAUUGUUUGCACAAGGGUGAGUCCUGAACAGGGUGCCUGUACCUUCAGGAAAUAUAGACUUUUGUCUCUGUGUGAUAUGCAGAAGUAUUGUCUUUUUCUUCGCUCUGUGGACCUCUCCGUGGUGGUGGUGAAAUAUCAGUGUCGAAAUGGUUUAAUGAAGCAUCGCGUCGGCAUUGAUAGGACCAGGGUUCCCGUCUUUGUGAAGUUCAGAGCAGAUGUUUGAACUGGGGGAGCGGCAGAAACAAUCCAGCACGGAACUCCGCGCCGUCUUUUUUGCAUGGAACGAGCCAUCAGUGGGGGACUUCAGCAGUCAUGUAGAGAACAGUAUGUAACGACUGUGAAUACGGAUGCACGCCUUUCCUCAACUUAUCUGAUUUGAGGAUUUUAAAAGAAAGAUAUGGCCUCGUCGGGGGCGCAGAAGACUCCGAAGAACGAGAAGUUGGACGAAGCGCAAGCCCUGGCCAAGAGCUACGCUGGCCGACCAGACUUCCUUCCGUGCGACGGCCUCUCGAUUUGCGCCACGCACAGCCACGGCAAGUGCUUCAAACUGCACUGGUGUUGCCACCUCGGAUGGUGUCACUGUAAAUAUGUGUACCAGCCGAUGACGAGGGUGGGCCAGCUCCCCAGCACCGCAGUGCCUCCAGGUCCGUCCGAACCCACCGACACCAUCUCCCUCUCCAUCUCCCUGACGGAGCGCUUCCUACGCAUCGCCCCCUGGUUCCUGCCCCCGCCGUGCCCCGACUCACCCCGCUACUGCGUGAUCUCCGACCUCUUCAUCGACGACUACGUCGUCAAGCGCAUCAACGGCAAGAUGUGCUACGUGCAGAGGCCGCCGCCGCCCAUGAUGCCUGUAGCUCCACCCCCUAUCCAGCCACACCCCCGGCCCCCCACUCCCCCUCCCUCUCAGCCGCAGCCUCAGCCACCUUGCCCAGCCUAUCGGAUUGCUCAGGAGGAAGCCCCGCCCCUCGGGCCGCCCCCACAGAGCUGCACUCCAGUGGAGAAAGCCAAAGGGCCCAAAAUGGACCACUGCUCCUCCCCCUCGACCUCAGAGGAUUCUGGAAUCAACGCGAUUGGGGGGAACUUCUUGGAGUCGUGCGAGGAAGACUCGUGCGAGGAGGAAGAGGUGGGGGAGGGGGUGGGAGAGGAGGAUGAGCUGAGCUCGGACGGGAAGUCCAGCCCAACCAGCUGGGACCAGGACGAGUGCUCACUCCUCUCCCCCUCCAAGUCCCUGGUGGAGAUCAUAGAGAACAUUGAAACCACUGUGUGACUCGAGUCAUAUUCCCACUUGCGUCGAAAGCCGUGAUUUCGCUAACAUUAUGCCAUGUUGGUGCUAUGUGGGAAUAGGAGCAAGUGUCGGUUUGCCAUGAUCGAUGGCUAACUGGGAAUGGUAAUUUGUAAUCUAUUCCAGAUUGUUUUUAUCUGGCGGAUUUCAUAUGUGAAAGUGGUCAAGACUCUCUGUGUCACACAACUCCUCACAAUCAAACCAGAUCUCCUUUCCAUACAAAGGAUCUUUUACUGGCUGAAAAGGGUUCUGGUUAGGAAAGGGAUUUUUUUAAAGCUUCAAACUGCUCCAAAGUUGAUAGCCAAAUGGUUCCAAAAAGUAUCUUACAUUAGACAAUUUUAAGAGGAACCUUAAAAGGGGACAAACAAGAGAACCUUUUUUUAAGAGUGCGCCACCCCUGUGUCUUUCUCUCUCACGGUUGUUUAUCCUUUGCUGUUGCCACCGAUGUUUCUGCGAGGACAACUAAACAAGCAGGACCUAAAGGCACCUCUGUUUGCAGUGCACUUGUCCGCUCGCAUUCGGUUGGACAUGGCUGACCAGAAGGCACUGUUAGCGUAGCCACGGCUAACUCAGGGGUGGGAUCCAGCAUGGAUGUGGUCCAGAGCCCAGCUGGCCUCCUUCUCACUUCCCCUGAGCCUUUGGAUCUCGUGCAUGGCUUGUCAGAUGGUAGAGGACGACGAGCAUGGCUGUUCACUUUUAUACAAAAGCACAAGAAAACACAAAAACAAAAUCACAAAUCACCAGUCACCUGCACGCUAAGGGGCUCACAGCAGAAGACCAAAUCAUAGUGCUAGCCUGUCACUAUUGUACACUUUCCUUAAUGUGGGGAUCACACCGAAUAUAAUGAAGCGGCAGCAGCAAAGCCUAAAUGAAUGCUCAGACCAUAAUUAUAUUAAAAAAAAUAAAAAAAAUAAAGAAAUGCCUGUAAGGAAUCUUACUGCUUUGAUUGGUCAGACUGUCUGAAAUGUCACUAGGACACAUUAAACUGACAUUGAUGAGCAUUGCGUCACGCUCUGGAAGUUGAACCAAGUUCAACUCAAAUCAACGCUCUGCUCCCCAUGUCAUUAGCGUAAGGCUAGCCACAUCAACGGCUCCGCUGCCGAACCGUAGCAAGCAAUAGAAAAUCUGUCACUUUUACUGCCGCUACUAGUGGUCGGUGCGAUCCCCACCUCAAAAGGUUCUGGUCCAGACCCACCAGAACUGGUUCGAGAAUCAGAACCCGGCAGGAGUUAGGUGCUCUUCGGGUUCCUAGAUGAACCUUAGGUGCUCUUCGGGGUUCCUUUUGAAAAAGUUCAGAAUGGCUGAGUGGAACCAUGAUAUUUCAGUGGGAGUCAAUCUAAUGCAUACUUUACAUGCUUGCUAAGUGCAACCUGACAGAAACACGAGAAGGAGGAAGAGGGAGUGAACAGAUGCUGUGAGACAGAUAGAGAGAGAGAGAGAGAAGAGGAAGGAAGCGAGGAAGGAAGAGAGAUAAGGCAAGCCAGUACACAAAGCACACAUGAGAGGCAAAGGCUGAGCAUUGAAGCCGCUGUCAUUAGCUCCUCAGCGUGGGGUGUUUAAAUCAUGCAUGAGAGCAGCAUUAAGGCCCACCAGGGCGAGGUGGCCAACAGCAGCGCACAGAGCUCAAGAGUGUCCCUGUCAUUGCCCCUCACCACGACCCAUUAAGGGCAAAAUCCCAGUACUGCCCAGCUACACAGGUUACAUCGCCUGCUG